ACAUCAAGGAAGAAAGGCGUCGGCUCUUCCAUCUUCUUUUCUUUAUUUUAUCACUCUGGUGCGAAAAAUGCAAACCGCUCCCGUUCUGUCUCCCUCCUUCUUCUUUCCCUUUUCUUUUUAUCCAUAAAUAAACCAAAUUCCGAAAAUAUCUAAAUCGCGGUCGCUUCGAUCACGAUCUCUCGGGCGGCGUCGAUGGAGGAAAUGUAUGGGAUGCACUUCGUGGCGGCGGCGGGAGGCGGGCUGGUGUCGGCGGAGGAGCUUCAGUGCUUGCUGGCGGCCGCCGGGGACAGGGCGCCGCCGGCGAUCGCGGAGGAAGGAGGGCAGGAGAUGGCGGGGGACAUGAAGGCGCGGAUCGCUUCCCACCCCCGUUAUCCCAAACUCCUCGAGGCCUAUAUAAGUUGCCAAAAGGUGGGAGCGCCUCCGGAAAUCGCGUCUCUCCUGGACGAGAUUCGGCGGGCGAACGACACCGCCAAGCGGAAUGCCGUCUCGAGCCUCCUCGGAGCCGAUCCCGAGCUCGACGAGUUCAUGGAGACGUUCUGCGACGUGUUGGUAAAGUACCGGUCGGACCUGUCCCGGCCGUUCGACCAGGCCAUCACCUUCCUCCACACCGUCGAGCGCCAGCUCUCCGACCUCGGCAAGCCUUCGACAAGCACCUCCCUGCCCUACGUCUCCGACGAGACUGCUGGAUCAUCGGAGGAGGAAUUCAAUGGAGGGGAAGUAGAGGUUCAGGAGUUACAGUCAAAAAGUGAAGAUAGAGAUCUCAAGGACAAGCUUCUUCGCAAAUACAGCGGUUAUCUAGGCAGCUUGAAGCGGGAGUUCUCAAAGAAGAAGAAGAAAGGAAAGCUACCAAAGGAGGCACGGCGGAAGCUGCUUGACUGGUGGGAAGCGCACUACAAAUGGCCAUACCCAACAGAAGCUGAUAAGAUUGCGCUGGCCGAAUCAACGGGACUGGACCCGAAGCAGAUAAAUAACUGGUUCAUAAAUCAGCGGAAGAGACACUGGAGACCGUCUGAGAACAUGCCGUUUGGUGUCAUGGAAAGCCUCCCUGCACCCUUCUAUGUGGAUGACUGAGGCCAUGUCGACUGAAAGAAAAACUGAGGUGCUUGACUCGCAACUCCACUAAUUUCUCGCCGGGGAUGAUGUCAAGGUGGCACCAUCCUCGAUGAUGUAAUUAAUGAUUCCCAAAGACAAUUAUAUAUUUGACGGGGACGUUGCAACUGCAUUGCAGGUUUGAUUAAGAUAUUAUAUAUUGAUCCCAACUGGCUUAAUCGCCCCUAUUUUUCAGUGUUUAA